AUGGAGCACCUCGUGACUCGGAAGUGUCGGAUGCAACGCCGCUGUAGGCUUGGGGUCUCGAACGUAGUUCGAACCUGAAAUUUCGGGCCGAGCCUGGACUUCCAAAAAUUAGGGCUGUCUGUACUCGAUGUUAGCAAGGCUCCCUACAUGUGGGGCCAGCACCAUACAUCCAAGCUCCCUAGAGAGCCUGCAAACCACAUUUGCGAGCCAGCUAAUAUAGUGAACCAGCCGUCGCAUGUUGUUCCGCCGUGUGAUCCGUCCUGACCUGAUAUCGCUGCGGGGUGCCUUGCCGUCGCUCGCCAUCAUGCCGUCCGCCCCCCACCCUCUCUCCUCCUCGCACCCCCCUCGCUUCCUGCCUCGCCCCGUCGCAGCCCUCCUCGCGCUGCUCGCUUUCGCCCCGCUCCUCGCCCGCCUCCCCCCACCCCCCAUCCCUCCGCCGCUCCCCCUCGCCCCUCCCCAUCCCGCUGCCCCCCUCGCCGCCAUCGCCGCUGCCGCCCACCCACGUGCCGGCGUGGCUGUCGCAGGCGAGCAAGGGGGCAUCGGACGGCGGCUGCAGGGGCUGCGCGCGCGCAGCGAUGUGAGGCGCAAGUGGAAUGGAGGAAGCUUCCUCGAGUUUUCCGCAGACGAGAGUGCGCGCGUAAACGGAUUGGGGGGAGGUGGGAGUGGACGAGAAGCGCAAAGAGAGUGGGGGGGAGGGGGAUCGAGAAAUACGAGGAACAGCAAAGGGGCAGGCGGAGGCAUGGUGUGGCGGGCGGGAUGGUGGGGAAGGGGGGCUGGCUCGGACGAAAGGCAAUCUGGCGGUAUGGGCACGAGGGACGGCGGGGCGGGUGGCGAUGGCGUGGCGGAGAGCGCGAGGGCGCACGCAGUGACGGAGAGGGGCGGGCGUGGGGCGGACGAGCUGCCCCGCAGGGAGGGCGGGGAGAGCUCUGGGCGUAGCGUGCGUGUGGGCAGCACCGGGGGCAACAGCACCUCCUCUGCACGUGCUCACGCCGGGCAACAGGCAGCGCCGCAUGGCCACGCGCAGUGGCGCGUGCGGCGGGUGGCACUGCACCCGGCGGUGCGGCGAGACACGGGGCUGCCGCUGCGUUGCGACGAGUGGCGCAGCAACGCCGUCCUCCUCAUCUCCGCCGCCGCGCCCGGCCUCGGCCUCAGCCCCCUCCUGCGAGAGUUGGAUGCGCGGCUGCAGUCGGUGGGGCUGGCGUACACACUGGCGCUCAUGCCGCGCAGCGUCACCCUCGCCCACGCGCACAGGUACGCGCCUCUGUACCGAGCAGCACCCGUGGGAGGCAGCGCAGCAGUGGGGCUGCGGGCGUGGGUGCGGUACAGUGUGGCGCACGCAGAGGUGUGGGCACGCGUGGUGGCGUUGCGGCUGCCGUUCGCGCUGGUGCUGGAGGAGGACGCCGUCAACCGAGCAGAGGGCGUCGCUGACUGGCAGCGCCGCCUUGAGACGCUGCUGUGGGAGCUCAACCUGCUCAUCCUGCAGCGCGCCGACCGCUUCUUCUUCCACGUGCUGCUGCUCGCCCGCCAUGCCUUGGCGCCGUACGCGGAGCAGCAGCUGUCGCCUGGCAUCGUGCGCGCGCAGCCCAGUGAAGCCUCCCACGCCUACCUCGUCUCCUAUGCCGGGGCCAAGCGCCUGCUGGCCCUCACCAGAUUCAACCGCCCUCUGUCAGAGAGCAUGGGCGCCAUCCCCGCCCUGACCGUGCUGGCGGCGGAGCCCCCUCUCUUCGCCACCACCAUCUUCGCCUGCUCGCCCAAGCCCUGCCGCACGCCCCCCCCCGCGCUCUCGCUGCCCGCCUCCACGCCGCUCACCCCUGCGUGCCGCGCCACCAUCCUGCUCGCUCUGCCCGGCCACCCCGCCUUAACCGGCGCCGCCCUGCACGCCACCUGGCCCCUGCACCGCCCUGCGCCCCACGGGCCGCUGCCGUCCAUCCCACGCUCCUCCCCCGCCUUCUGCGCGCUGCUCUCCCCCGCGCAGUGCCUGCUCAAGCACCACCUGCCGCACCUGCUGCCUCACGUGCACCCCCCUCCCCCUGCCGUCCUGCUGCCCGCCCUGCCCCCCUCGCUACCCCUGUGGCCCGCCUUCCUGCUCUCCCUGCGCCGCUCCCCCCGCCGCCUGCAGCGCGUGCUGCCCCUGCUGCAGCAGCAGGGCUUUGGAGACGUGGUGUUUGGGCGGCUGGUGGACGGGGGGCACGCGUCGGUGACGCGGCGGUCCAUCAAGUGGCACAAGCUGGCGGAGAGGCGGCGCGAGAAGAUGACACGGGGGGAGGUGGCGUGCGCGCUGUCGCACUACCUGCUGUGGCUGGAGGUGCUCAGGCGCCAGCUGCCCUACGCCAUCAUUCUGGAGGAUGACGUCACCUUCACCACAGACACCUUCCGGGCUGACUUCGAGCGGAAUAUCGCAGAGGCCAAUGAGCUGUUGACACGUCAGCAUAGCCCAGAGUCACCACCGGACAUCCUAUUUGUGGGGCACAUGGGUGUGGUGCCGCGCCACUUCCUACCGCUGCUGGCCCCACACAUCGCGUUGGACGCGCUCUCGUGGUGCUCCUUCGCCUACAUCAUCUCCCAGCGCGGGGCCGCCCAGCUGGUCAGGGGCUUCCACGUGGACGACCCCCUCGACUCCCUCUGGUGGCGCCACCCCCGCCUCGCCUUCUGGGCUUUCCAACCGCCCCUCGCCUUCCACCUCUCCUCCCCCCGCCUCAACUCCCCCCGCCUCAACUCCUCCCUACCACAUCCUCCCUCCUCCCCCUCCCCUGCCCCUCCCUCUCAUCCACCUCAUCCCACCUCGACUCACAGUAUUGCUGGCAGCACAGCACACAGCAAGCGCGACAGCAGCAGCAGCAGCAGCAGCAGCAGCAGCAAUUCGCACGGGGCAGGGCGCAGAGGCCGGGGUGAGGACACCCCCCUACCUGAGCCGGUGUACCUGAGUGAGGUGCAGCAGGGGGGCGACCAGUGGCGAUGAAACGCCUGCAAGGUUGCAACCUGUCUGCAUGCCCGCCGGGGGUUGCAGUACAGCUUCCUGUAUGCUUACCUCGCCAUGCCAUGCGUCACACAGCAUGUCCACUGUGGCUUAGGGCGUAUUCCUACACCUGCUGUCUAGCCCCACCUGGUGUCACACUCGUGUGGUACAGGGCGGUUCACAUGUUUGAUACGAUCCUGGUUGCAACAACGCAGUUCUGGCAGGGGGUUGUAGGACCACGCCCUUAGAGACUGCAUGCAUGUGCAUUGGGGAUUCGUGAAUAUAAUGAGCCAUAACAU